CCUCGAUUGCAACGAUCACAAACAACCAAACUGCCGAAAGCAUCCAACCUAUUCUUCUUCCUUUGAAGGAAAGAAAAAACGAGGAAGAAAAAGGAAACCAAAAAGCUGAAGCAGAAUAAUCCAAACAGAACCAGAAAAAAAGGCAUUUUCUCCAGCUCCACCUCUACGGUCUACCACCUUCGGAGUUUUCUCUCUCAUCAUAUUUAUUAGUAUCCGUACACGGCUUUGGAUCGCUGUUGCUACUUCAUUAGAAGCGGAAAUGUUAAUCCGCCAAUUUUCUAUAGCUGGUGCGCGAUCUCUGUUCGAGGAAAUGGAUGAAUGAAGCUUCUCUUGGUAUUGGUAAUGACCUAUCUCAAUUGCUCCGGUUCGAGUUUCCUAGCAUCGGAUAUGGUUGGUUGAAGCUAAGGUAGAAGCUCUACAAGUUAAUUAAGAUUUUUGAUUUUGCUGGGUGGUUCUGAUUUCUUGAGCAUUUGCGGAACAAUGUCGUUCUUUGUGGGGUUGUUUUUCGGAAUUGCUCUCGGUGUUGGCCUGAUCGUGGCUUUUGUCCAUUCCGAGAAUAUCCGUUCAAAACGCCGCUCUGAAUUGGCGACAACGGUGGCGGCUUUCUCGAAGAUGACAGUGGCAGAUUCGAGGAAGAUUCUUCCAGCGGAACAUUACCCUUCGUGGGUUGUUUUCUCACAGCGACAGAAGUUAACUUGGCUUAACCUUCAGCUUACGAAGAUAUGGCCAUAUGUCAACGAGGCGGCAUCUGAGCUGAUAAGAAAUUCUGUUGAGCCAGUUCUCGAGCAAUAUAGACCGGCCAUCUUAGCUUCUCUUAAAUUUUCAAAGUUGACUCUAGGUACUGUGGCUCCACAGUUUACAGGAGUUUCAAUUAUUGAAGAUGGAAGUGAUGGCAUUACCAUGGAAUUGGAGUUGCAGUGGGAUGGAAACCCAAGUAUCAUACUUGAUAUCAAGACUUUACUUGGAGUGGCACUACCAGUGCAGGUCAAAAAUAUUGGCUUCACUGGAGUCUUCAGGUUAAUCUUUAAGCCACUGGUUGAUGAGUUUCCUUGUUUUGGAGCUGUUUCUUAUUCUUUGAGGGAAAAGAAAAAGCUGGAUUUUACGCUUAAAGUUAUUGGUGGUGAUAUAUCAACAAUUCCUGGGCUGUAUGAUGCCAUUGAGGGAACAAUUCGUGAUGCCAUUGAGGAUUCCCUAAUAUGGCCAGUUCGGAAAGUUGUUCCUAUUUUACCUGGGGAUUAUAGUGAUCUAGAGUUAAAGCCUGUUGGGACGUUAAAUGUGAAGCUUGUUCAAGCCAAGGAAUUAACAAAUAAAGAUAUCAUUGGGAAAUCUGAUCCAUAUGCUGUAUUAUACAUACGCCCAUUACGUGACAGAAUGAAAACCAGCAAAACAAUUAACAACCAGUUAAAUCCAAUCUGGAAUGAACACUUUGAGUUUAUAGUUGAAGAUGCAUCUACUCAAAACUUAGUAGUAAAAAUUUUCGAUAAUGAAGGAGUUCAGUCAUCUGAAUUCAUUGGAUGUGCUCAGUUGCCGCUAAAUAGUCUUGAGCCUGGUAAAGUGAAGGAUGUGUGGUUGAAAUUGGUCAAAGAUUUGGAAAUCCAGAGAGAUAAUAAAAAUAGGGGUCAGGUUCACUUGGAGCUUUUGUAUUGCCCUUUUGGCAUGGAAAAUACGUUUAUAAACCCUUUUGCUCCCCAGUUCUCAAUGACCUCCUUAGAGAAGGUCCUUACGAGUGGGGCUAAUGGAACUGAGGUUGGUGAUAUUACAAGAUCAGCAACACAGAAGAGAAAGGAGGUUAUUGUGAGAGGAGUGCUUUCAGUGACAGUAAUAUCUGCUGAAGAUUUGCCAGUGGUGGAUUUGAUGGGAAAGGCUGAUCCCUAUGUUGUUCUCCAUAUGAAGAAAACCGAAACAAAGAACAAAACUAGGGUUGUGAAUGAAACCCUCAACCCAGUUUGGAAUCAAACCUUUGACUUUGUUGUGGAGGAUGCUUUGCAUGAUAUGCUAAUAUUGGAGGUUUGGGACCAUGAUACAUUUGGAAAGGACUACAUGGGGAGAUGCAUCUUGACACUCACUAGAGUUCUAUUAGAAGGAGAAUACGCAGAUAGCUUCCCCCUAGAUGGGGCUAGGUCUGGAAAGCUGAAUUUGCAUCUGAAGUGGUCAGCACAACCAAUAUACAGGGAUUCCUGAUAGAUGAGUGCAUUGUAUACUGUGAAUCUUAAUUUUCCUGGCAUGGACUCCUUGCUCCAGAGAAAAAUGUGUAGAAGAAAAUUUACUCUCAGCUGCAGUACCUUUUUUUGAAUUUGAGGUGCAUUUGUUCCUACAGAUGCUAAAUCUUUAGGGGCUCGUGUAGAAAACUUAGAGUGGUGAUUUAUUUUUUGUAACCUGAAAAUUUUCUUGUGAGGUGUGAUAAAUGGAAAAUCUUGUAUUGUGCAGAUCAAGGUAUGGGUAUAUAUAUUUUUCACCUUCUAUGC